AUGGAAUUGAAUGGUGUGAAGGAAGAUAUAGAUUCUAGAAUGAAAGCAGAGCUGCAGCCAAGAAAGAAACUCAAGAGGGAGAGGGAGAAGUUCGAUAUUGUGAUUUGGAUCACUGCAUCCAAGGAGAUGAGUAUUGCUAAGCUACAGAAGGCCAUUGCAAGUCAAAUUAAAGUAACUUUUUGUGGUGACGAAUGUGAAACAAGAAGGGCACGGAUGCUGUUUGAAACAUUGUCUCGGAAGAGUAGAUUUGUGGUGAUCUUGGAUGACAUAUGGGAAGCGGUUUCCCUUGAGAAGCUAGGAAUUCCUGAGCCAUCUACUGGGAUUAAAUUAGUGUUGAAAACUAAAAAAAGAAAACUAAAAAAAUGGGGGAGAUGA